CUGGACGGCUAUGUCACUAUGUGUGCUCUACUCAGACUCUGUCCGUAAACUCGAUCUGUAGACUCAGAGCUCCAAAAUGAAUCAAAUCCCUUCACCUACAUAUUAGCAGGAGUCAGACUGGUGCGGUACACGGGCAGUCAAUCUUAUCAGAUAAACUAAAUUAGAACAUAAUGACGGCGCCGCGGAGCGCGAGCUCUCAGAGGCGUUUCCUCCCAGACUCCCGUUUGGGGUGGUCUGCUACGCAACUAGUCCAUCUUGCUCUCGACUCCCACCUCCUCUGGCCCUCAGACUUUGCUCACCUCGUCACGACCCGCAUGUCCUCGACGAAACGGCGCCGCGACGGCGCGAGCUGUUGGCAACAACGAGCGUACCCAGUGGCUGCCCUGACCCUCUCCUCAAUAUUUCUGGUCGGGCUCGCAACAAAGUUCGACUUCUUCUCGUCGGGACAUUUACCUGACCUUCUCCACAAGAACAAGCCUGUCUACGACUUUCCGGACUUCAACAAGGUCACUCAGGUGUACACCCUUUCAGAGGGGGAGCUGGGCCUCAAUGACCCGAACAGACGGGUCUUGCUUAUCGGGGAUCUCCACGGAAUGAACAAGUCCCUCCAAAAAGGUUCCCAUGAGGGACUGAUGUUCGUAACAUCUUCGGAGUCCGAACAACCUGGUUUGCCCGUAGUGGGAGUUAUAGACGCGCUCAACGCACCAGUUCGCUUGUGUACACGCCUCAAUUUAUCCUGGCAACCGCGCACACGACGACUCGCCGUCGUUGGCUGGUCUUCAGAAUACGUGGGACAUGCCACAUUCUGUCGUUACCAUAAUAUACGCAAGGAGCUGCGUGCCGGCUGACUAUAUGCGGGAAAAGCGAGUCAAUUCACCGCGGCGACAGCCACGAAUGUUACACCAUGUAGUACGCCACGCGUACCUUACAUGCACGUUAGUUCACAAGUUACAGUCAUUCUGCUCUGGGGUUCCAUUCGCUGAUAUCACUUCUGCCUGGCAUGGAGAUUCACGCUGGAGUUCGGUGU